UGAGGCGUGACUUAAUUGGACCUAAAACUACUUCAUAUGUGUGUGAAGAUCAUUUUGAUGUUGAAAACGACACAGAAAAUUUAGUUAAAUAUAGACUGGUUGGAGGAACAUUGAAGUUGAAAGUCAACUCAUGUCCUCAUAAAUUUGACUGUCAAAAGGAAGUGAAACCUGAAAAACAACAAGGAGCAUGUGAAAAAAGACUUCGAAUUGAGAACAUAAUAACAAAAGAAGUAUCGUCGACUUCAAGCCCAGCAACUUCAUUCCAAUCGUUUGAGAUGAUUGAGUGUGAUAAAAUGGAGUUCAAUGAAACAGAGGAUCUGGAUACAGAGGAUCCGCUACCAGAGGACAUUACUUCCACCGAAUCAGUCUGUGAAUGCUUGUUUCGAGAACUCGGAUAGCAGUAUGGCUUAUUUGGCGAUGGAUUGGAGCUCGGACUUCACGCUGCAAUUCCUCAAAUUGUACAGGAACGAACGCUGUCUUUGGGACCCGUUGGACGAGCACUACAAGAGGAGAGAAUAUGUUACUGGCGCUUGGCACAGACUGGUGGAAAGUACCGGAAAACCUUUGGCUGAGCUGAAGAGGAAGAGGGAGUCCUUGAUGGCUACUUUCAGGGGACAUUCGAGAAGGAAGAAGGCUUCGAUGAUGGAGGGGGCAGAAGGGAGUGCUGUAUAUCAACCUGUUUGGUUCGCCUUUAACUUGAUGGAAAGCUUUCUUGGCGAGGUGUAUGGUAUUCAGAAUACGAAUGAUGUGAAUACGGCCGACGUCGAAACUUCAGAUAGUACAGACCUGCCCCACCAAGAAGAAUACGAUUACUUCUCAUCUGCUGCUCCAACCCCUUCACGAGCUGUGGCAACUCCUCCUCCAAGUCAUCAACAUCCAGCCAAACGUCGCAGAACGACCAUAGAACCACGAGACACAGAAAACGUGGUCACAGAAAUUUACACCUUGCUGAAUAGCGUUCUGGCCAAGAAGGAAGAAGAAGAAGACGAAUGCGAGAUGUACUGCAAGAUCAUGGUGAAGAGGUUGAGGAAGAUACCAGAGCACGAAAGGCAGCAGCUUAUGCAUGACAUGGACGGGAUGGUAUUGAAGGCUAUGUUCAGGGCGCGAAAUGAUGAGGCCAAUUCGUCUAAUAGCUAUUCUAUGGAACCAUCGACAUCGAUGCGCUCGAGUCGAGGUCAUAGGAAUUUGAGGAAUGAGGAGGAGGAAAUCGAUAGUAAAGCGGAUAUAGUGCUUUUUGAAGAGGGGGAUAGAUAAUGUGAUGGACUGUAUUGGAUUUGAGUUGUAUAUAUUGUAAAGUUCCUUAUUGUGUUUUUUGUACCUAACUUUAGUUAAAUGUUGGAAGUAUUAAAGAUGUUC